AUGUCGUCCGAGACGACGGACGCGCGGCGCCACCUGGCGAGCGUCGUCACGGCAACGGCCGCCUCGAUGGAGGAGAUACUGGCGACGGCGCGCCUCCGAGCCGCGGGAUCCGUCGAGGAGUUUCUCGAGCGAGACUACGGCUGCAUGGGCCGCGCGCUCGGAGUCUACCGCGACAUGCUGGCGGGAGUCGGCUGCGCGACGCGGCGGCAGGCCGAGGACGCGUGGGGGCGCUGCUACGCAAACCGCGACGUCCGCGAGUCCGUCGACGACCUCCUCGAGGUAGAGGGCGCCUGGAACGCGUUCCUGCACGACGUUGACGACCGCGCGCGUCGCCGCAGCAACGACGGCGGCGGCGACGGCGGCGGCGGCGGCGUCGAGGUCGGCGACCCGGCGCCGGGCGACGCGCGGCUCCGUGACGCGGGCACGCGCGCUGAGGUCGCGCUCGCCGACUACCUAGGGGGCGCCGCCGUCGUCGUCGUGCUGCUGCGUCACUUUGCUUGA